UACUAUAUUUGAUUUCAGAGGCCUUCUAUUAAGGAUAUGGAAAGAAAAAAUGCAACAGAGCUGACAGAGUUUGUUCUCACGGGACUUACAUGUCAACCAGAAUGGCAAAUCCCUCUGUCCGCGCUCUUCUUGGUUAUAUAUAUCUUCACUAUCAUGGGGAACCUUGGUUUGAUUGCUGUCAUCUGGAAUGACCCUCACCUUCACACCCCCAUGUACUUAUUCCUUGGGAGCUUAGCCUGUGUGGAUACUUGGUUAUCCUCCACAGUGGUCCCCAAGAUGCUGGUCAACAUCUUCACCAAGAACAAGAGGAUAUCUCUCCCUGAAUGCAUAGUGCAAUUCUUUUCCUUUGGAGUCAGCGCAACCACAGAAUGUUUUCUGCUGGCAACAAUGUCUUAUGAUCGUUAUGUAGCCAUAUGCAAUCCAUUACUUUAUCCAGUGAUUAUGACUAACAGACUAUGCAUGCAAAUGUUAAUUUCAUCACUUAUAGGUGGCCUUCUUCAUGCCUUACUUCAUACAUGUUUUUUAUUCAGAUUAACCUUUUGUAAUUCUAACAUAAUACAUCAAUUUUAUUGUGACAUCAUGCCAUUGUUUAAAAUUUCUUGUACUGAUCCUUCUAUUAAUGUGCUGGUGAUAUUUAUUUUCUCUGGUUCAAUACAGGUGUUCACCAUUCUUAUUAUUCUUGUCUCUUAUACACUAGUUCUCUUUACGAUUUUAAGAAAGAAGUCUGCACAAGGCAUAAGGAAGGCCUUCUCCACCUGCGGUGCCCACCUCCUAUCUGUCUCCUUAUACUAUGGGACUCUUCUUUUCAUGUAUGUGCUCCCUGGAUCCACACGAGCAGAUGAUCAAGAUAUGACGGACUCUCUAUUUUACACUGUCAUAAUUCCUUUCUUAAAUCCAAUUAUCUACAGCCUGAGAAAUAAGAAAGUCAUAAAUUCACUGACGAAAAUGUUAAAGAGAAAUAUUUAG